AUUGAUGUGUCGUCAAUCAGCUGUUUGUUGCUGAGCUGUCUGCUCGCUGCUAUUUAUUGUUUCUUUCGUAUUGUUAUCUUUAUUUUCACUGCAUUACAUGUUAACGCCAGUGCCAAGCAAACGGAUUUUUCAUAAAUCAAGAGCAAUACUAAUUCUAGAACAAUGAAGGGUUCGAAGGGCUCCAGCGAUAUCAAGUCGGAUGAUUAUCGUCUCGUCGCCAACGGCACGAAGCCUCCAGACAUUAAGUAUGAAAAAGAAAAUUCAUGGGUGGCUGGUGUGCAAAUGUUUUUGUCGUUUUUACUCGCCGGUUUCGGGAUGGUGGCAGCAAGUCUGCUACUCGACUAUGUGCAACACUGGACCGUGUUCAAGAAAGUAUCGGAAGUGUAUAUUUUAGUGCCUGCACUCCUCGGGUUGAAGGGUAACUUAGAAAUGACACUAGCAUCGAGACUCUCCACGCACGCACAUCUCGGACACUUAGAAACCAGUUUGGGCUCAUUGGUGAUGGGAAAUUUGUGUUUAAUACAGUGUCAAGCAGUUCUUGUUGGAUUCUUAGCAGCCUCUGCGGCUGUUGCUAUGGGCUGGAUACCCAAAGGCCAGUUUGAUAUCCACCAUGCACUGUUAUUGUGUGCAUCAAGUGUUCUCACGGCAUCAUUCGCUAGUUUCGUACUUGGAUUAAUCAUGAUAGGUGUUGUUGUUGUGUCUAGGAAGAUAAAUAUAAAUCCAGACAACAUUGCCACACCUAUAGCCGCUAGCCUGGGUGAUUUAACAACCUUGGCACUGUUGUCUUGGAUAGCUUCUCAUUUGUAUUUGUCUAUUGGCACAAGCGUAAUACUGCCAACUAUUAUUAUCAUCGCUGGUGCAGUUGUCGUGCCUCUUUGUGGUUACAUUGCUUGGAAAAACAACUUCACUAGACAGGCUCUAGAUGAAGGAUGGGUUCCUGUUGUGUCUGCAAUGGUCAUAAGCAGUGCCGGUGGACUAAUAUUGGACUACACAGUGUCCAAAUAUGACGGGAUAGCAGUGUACCAACUAGUCAUAAAUGGUAUAGGAGGCAACAUGGUAGCAGUUCAUGCAUCAAGGAUGUCAACAUCACUACAUACUGGGGAGAAGGAAGGGUCAGCUAUCAGUAACACUACCAAAUUGCUCCUUUUAAUGGUAAUACCAGGACAGUUAAUAUUCAUUUAUACCAUAGGCUACCUGAGGGCUGGCCACACUUCCAUGACCCCUACAUUUAUAUUCUUCUACAUGUCUGCUGCUAUGUUGCAAGUGUUCUUAUUGUUACUUAUUAGUCAUUACAUGGUGUUGUUUAUGUGGAAGCUAGGUAUGGACCCUGACAACUCAGCCAUACCUUAUCUGACUGCAUUGGGAGAUUUACUAGGUACUGCAUUACUAGGUGUAGCUUUCAGGGUCUUGGAUAUGAUUGAUGAUGAUGAUGCAGACUUAGGAGAAUGAUCUAUUCAUUCUCCUAACUCUGCAUUAUCAUCACUAAUCAUUAUCUAUACUUAUUUGCAGAAAUAUUGUUAUAUUUUUGCUGUAUUGUUAAUAAAUAAAUAGUAAGAAUUUUGUAUCAUAUCAACUACUAUGUAUUCUAAUGUGAUUGUUAGUAUUUGGAAUUUUGUUAUCUUUAGUAACUUAGGUUUCAGUUCAAAAUUAUGUGGCAUUAUCCAUGCUCAAUUGGUUAGUCACAUUUUAUUGCAAACAACCUUGUGAUAGGCAUGUGCACACAAUUAUAUUACUUUAAGGUAAUUUAAAUGCUUAAAUAAAAUGAUAAUAAAACAUUUUCCUCAAGUUUGGGAUUAUAUUUUAAAGUGUCUUCAUUAAAAUUCAAGUAGGACCACUAAAUAAAUGUAAUUUAAAAUGUAACUGAACAGUUUCAAAAUCCUAGGUUCUUAUAAAUUUUGAUAUCUAGAUAACCCCUUUUAUUUUAUGUAAUUAUUUGUUUUUCCAAUAUAUAUAGAAGACAUGGUUUAUGUAAUACAAUGUAAUUAACUUCUUCAUAACAUAAUAGUUUGUAAGUCUCACAAAAGUCUAUAAUUUGUGCCAUGGAACUUUGUGUACCUACUUCAGAGAUUUUUACACUCUAGGACCAAAAAUUCGGAAUUGACUUUAUUUAUAAAAGACAUGCUGUAAAAAUAGCACCUUCAGUAUUCUAAUUUUGCUUGUAAAGUUAAAUUAUUACUUUUGGUAAUAUAAUAAUUUAUUUUUAAAAGAUGACUAAUAAAUAAUAGUAAAUAUUGGUGCUAUUCUCUGUAAGUACUUAUUUUUUUAAGUAAAAUAAGAUGCAAUAUUAAGACAGUCUAAAAUAUGUACUUUUUAAACAGAGGCUUUUAAGAUAAACGCUUUGAAGUGUU